CCCUGUCACACGGCACGUGUAAUGUCAUUCGCAGCGAAUGAGAUUACGUGUUAAUGCCAUUUUUGUUGCUUCUACACGGGCAUAGCGAAUGACAUUCACAGCUAAUGGCAUUCGCCCAUUGAAUGAGUUUCCCGAACUCAUUCGCGCGCGACUUGUGUAAUCUCGACGACAGGGGCUUGGCAAAAGGUUACAAUAACGAUAACUUAAAACUAAAUAGAAUUAGGGUAAAAGUUCUUAUUAUUUGCAGUUAUAAAUCUUGUAAAUAUUUUAUGACGUACAGCAUGCCAGUUGAAGCGGUUUGUGCAUUAUAUUCUUGUUCCCAGACUCCGGCAGGACGUUAUCAGCAGUUAUCACCACUUAUCAGUACCUAGCUCUUGUCGGCCAUGUUUAGAAACGCUUGUUCAUUCCCGUCUGCAUGUUGUUUUUCUGCGAAGUGGUGCCGCGUUAACCCUUGUACCAACCAUGGAAGGCAACCGGGCAGCUUCGUCAGCAGAAAAUGAGAAGCACAAAACCCACUGGAGCGACGACGAGACGCGCGCGCUUUUGAAAGUCUGGGAGGACCACCUCAGUGACUUGCGCAAGACGAAGCGCAACCUGAAAGUCUACGUCGCCAUAGCCGAGUGCCUGCGUGCGCAAGGGGUGGAGAAGAGUGUGAAAGAAAUUAAAAGCAAGAUAGAAAAUUUGGGAAACCGGUACCGGAACCUCAGCCGAAAGACGACCGGACAAGGAGCCAUUACGUGGAGAUUUUACAAGGACAUUUCUAGGUUCCUUGGCAGCCUGCCAAUGAACGACAGCAGCCUCACUGAAGAAACGUGUGGCGAAGACGCCACUGUUGAAAUAGUAAGUACAUAUUUUGUAGCAUGCAGGGAUCCUGUGCAACCUGCGUACGAAAGAUGUUUUGUUUUGUAUCACUUACCAGGAAGAAGGCACACUGAUUUAGUGUGUUCCGUUGUUGGCAUCACAUGCGGCAAACAUGACUUGUUUAUCAAUUCAUUAUGCACAACUGCUGUUGUGGCUGGGUAAGAAUGUCAACAUGAAUUCACACUUGAUGGUGUACCAACAUAAACAUUGUGUGGCUGCAAGAUGCGAGAGUAUAUGUAGAAUAUUUAUUAUAGAAACGGGUAAUACGCCUACUCAGCUUGUGAAGGCUGCAUGCGAGAGGUAGUUGCUUUUUGCUUCUGUGGUAACAAUCAGAACACUCAUUGCAAACAGUCUCUUUACAAAUAUGUUCACAUGUGCUAUAUUCUCUUU